CUUAGUUUUGUGGACCAGCACAUUUAGCGUAGUAGAGUGAGAUAUUAAAGUUUACUAUUUUUAAAUUCAUUUCAUUUGUUUGUUUACGAAGAAAAAUGUCAAAAAUUGUUGAGUGCGUGCCAAAUUUUUCUGAAGGGAAAAGGAAAGAGGUGAUAGACGCCAUAUUAGAAGCCAUCAAAGGUACCGAGGGAUGUACAUUGUUGGAUUUCGACCCUGGAGCGUCCACGAACAGAACUGUUUAUACCUUCGUCGGCAGUCCAGAAGCCGUUGUCGAGGGCGCGGUUAAUGCCGCCAAGGUCGCUUACAAACUCAUCGAUAUGACCAAACACACUGGUGAACAUCCGAGAAUAGGAGCAAUGGAUGUUUGUCCGUUCGUUCCUGUGAAGGGGGUGAGCAUGGAAGAUUGUGUGAACUGCGCACGUACGUGUGCUGAAAAAUUGGCCACCAUUCUUAAUGUUCCAUCCUUUUUGUAUGGCGCAGCUUCAAGCCUGGACUACCGCAAGUCGAUACCACAGAUAAGAGCGGGUGAAUACGAAAGUCUCGAAGAAAAGCUCAAAAAAGAAGAAUGGAAACCAGACUUCGGACCGAUAAAAUUCCAGGCAAGUUGGGGUGCCACACUGGUGGGGGCACGCAAUUUCCUCGUGGCAUACAACAUCAACCUACUUGCCACGAAAGAACAGGCGCACAGGAUAGCCCUGGACAUUCGCGAACAAGGCAGGGGUGUUAAUCAGCGUGGCAAGUUCAAAUGCGUUCAAGCAAUAGGCUGGUAUCUGGACGAGGCAAAUAUGGCCCAGGUCUCAAUCAAUAUAACUGACACUGAAGUUACUGCCAUACAUCUGGUAUACGAAGAGGUUUUAUCGAUCGCUAAGGAGUUGGAAUUACCUGUUGUUGGCUCGCAAAUUGUCGGCAUGGUGCCUCUGAAGGCUCUGAUGGAUUGUGCGAAAUAUUACAUUCAGAAGGAGAAGUUGUUCAUUGUUGAGGAGGAACAGAAAAUCAAAUUGGCUGUUGACCGACUUGGCUUGCACUCUUUAGGAUAUUUCAAUCCAAAAGAAAGAGUCAUCGAAUACAUGAUUGCCAAAGAAUCCGACUGUCCUUUGUUGUCGUUGUCGGUGAAAAGAUACGUCCAAACAGUUGCCGCACGAACUCCAACGCCAGGUGGCGGGUGUGUGGCGGCCCUUGUGGCGUCUCUGGGAGCGGCCCUCAGUACGAUGGCGGGCUUUUUAACGUAUGGCAACAAGAAGUUUGAGAGUCACGAUGCCCUCAUGAGAAAAUUGUUGACUCUUCUGCAUGAGAAAUAUAACGAAUUAAUGAACGUCGUUGAAGCUGAUGCUGUCGCUUUUAACGAUUAUAUGGCAGCCGUCAAGCUAUCUAAAGAAACCGAGGAAGAAUUACAAAUCCGCUCCAACAAGUUGCACGAAGCACUAACGAGUGCAGUGAGAGUUCCACUAGAUUUGGUUCAUUCAAUUAAUCAAGCCUGGCCUACGCUGAAAGAACUUGCAAAUGUUGUCAAUCCUAAUUGCAUCUCAGAUAUGCAAGUCGGUGUGAGAUGUCUUGAAACUGGAGUCUGGGGCGGACAUUACAACGUCAUGGCUAACUUGAAAAACUUCAAAAAUAAAGAGAAGGCAGAAGAAUAUAAAAAGAUCUCUGAUACUGAAGUUGAAGUGGCCAUCGCUAACGCCGCUGAAGUCUUGAAAAUUCUCGAUGAUAGAUAUUGGAAGGAAUAAUUAUUACUACUCUCUAUUGCACCACCAUUGUUGCAGAUGUUUGUGAAGAUGUUAAUAGUACUCAGAAAGUUUUUUACAUCCAGGUUAUCGUUAUCACGUAGCGAGUUAUAAUGCAAUAACAGUUUGCAAUUUUAUACCAUUUUCUGACUAUAAGAACACCAUUUUUAUCGAUUGAAAAAAUUAAGUAACUGUCUUUGUCAUUCAACAGUUUUUGUACUUACAAAUUGAAAUUGAUAAUUAUAUGAUAUAAUGUUUCUAUUAUUAAAUGGAACUCAGUGAUAAAAUGAUGCAUUCAGUAUUGUCAAAACCGCAUCUGUAAAACAAGUUGAGGUAUUAUAAAUUAGCUAAAUGUUUCAAAUC